GGACCCCGCUGCCGGUAUUGCCUUGUCUGUGGCAGGUAGGAACAAGAGUAGGAGUGCAACACGCAACAUCGGCAAACAUGUCGUCCACUCUAAUAAACAUUGGAAAAGUUGCCUUAGCGGCAGUCCCAAAACAGGCCAAAAUUGCAGUGCCUACAGUUCUCAGCCAGAGAUCAUAUUCUGCUGACAAGCGUAUUGAGGUGAAGAACCCUGUAGUUGAGCUCGAUGGCGAUGAGAUGACCCGUAUCAUUUGGGAGAAAAUUAAGGAGUUCUUAAUUUUCCCCUAUCUUAAGAUUGACUGCAAAUAUUAUGACUUGGGCCUGCCAUACAGAGACCAAACUGAUGACCAGGUAACAAUCGACUCCGCUUAUGCAAUCAAGAAGUACAAUGUUGGUAUCAAGUGUGCUACCAUCACCCCUGAUGAACAACGAGUUGAAGAAUUUAAGCUCAAGAAGAUGUGGCUGAGUCCUAAUGGUACAAUCCGUAACAUCCUUGGUGGCACAGUGUUCCGUGAACCAAUCCUCUGCCAGACUAUUCCUCGUCUUGUCCCUGGUUGGACUCAGAGCAUUAUCAUUGGCAGGCACGCUCACGGUGAUCAGUACAAAGCAACCGAUCUUGUUAUCCCUGAAAGUGGCACCGUUGAAUUAGUUUACACCCCAGCUGGAGGCCAACCUCAGAGGCACAAGGUGUUUGAUUUCAAAAACGGCGGUGGUGUCACCAUGGCUAUGUACAACACAGAUGAAUCUAUCCGUGCAUUUGCUCACUCUUCGUUCCAGGUUGCCAUAAGUAAGGGAUGGCCACUGUAUAUGUCUACAAAAAAUACAAUCCUCAAGCGCUAUGAUGGCCGUUUCAAAGACAUCUUUGAGGAAAUUUACCAGGCUGAGUAUAAGAAAGAUUUUGAUGCCAAGGGUAUUUGGUAUGAGCACCGUCUUAUUGAUGAUAUGGUGGCCCAGGGCCUGAAAUCAAGUGGUGGCUUUGUUUGGGCUUGCAAGAAUUAUGAUGGUGAUGUGCAGUCUGAUGUUGUUGCUCAAGGUUAUGGUUCUCUUGGCUUGAUGACUUCUGUUUUGAUGUGCCCCGAUGGAGUCACAAUUGAAUCUGAAGCUGCCCAUGGAACUGUUACAAGACAUUACAGAGAACACCAGAAGGGUAACCCUACCUCUACCAAUCCUGUUGCUUCCAUCUUCGCCUGGACCCGAGGCCUUGAACACCGUGCUAAACUUGAUGGAACUCCUGAACUUGCCAGAUUUGCCCAGAGCUUGGAACAAGCUUGUAUCGACACCGUAGAUAGUGGCUCGAUGACAAAGGAUCUUGCUGGAUGUAUUCAUGGUCUGAAGAAUGUCAAGGAAGGAAUGUAUCUCUACACCAAUGACUUCCUUGAGGCUAUUCGUGAAAACUUAGCUAAAAAGAUGGCAUAAGAGGAGAGAAGAUUGUUUGGUAUCUUUUGUGUUACAGAACAUCAUAGUCUAAUGUAUAAUUUACAUGAAGUAAAUAAUAUGGAUAGGCAAAAAAAUUUCAAUAAAAAUGUAGACCUAAUUUGCUCUAGGGUGUAAUUGAAAUGAUUUUAGACAAGGUUUACUGUAGGAUUUUGAAGUUACAUUGAAAUUUAGACAAAAUUUACCUUAGGAUAUCAUGCUAUAAAUUUAGGGUAGACAAAAUUGACGUAGGUUUCAUGAAGGUAAUCUGUUGUGUAACUGAUGAAAUGGUCAAAUUGCCUAGAUAUGUAAAAGUAAAUUUAAUGAUGAAAGUCAAAGGACAGAUAAUGAAAGCAUUGCAGUACUGUGAAUUGCAAUGUUUGCCUACAAUGUAAAGAUGAGAAAAGUACCUGAUCUUUUUCAGAAUCUCCUCUUUUAUGUGGGUUACUUUACAGUAUAGUAAUGACAAAACGGCUUUCAGAUUAUGCUGUACAAACUGUGUGCUGUUACCUGCACAAAUAUCAGAAAGCCAUGGUUAGCUGAUUUAUCUACCUGUUUACAAGAAGCCAAUACAAGAGAAAUUUUAUUCACUGUUCAUAUUUCUGGUAAAUAUUUGCCAUGUGUAUUUUAAUACUUUUUAGUAUUGGUUCAUGUCUGGAAAAUAAAGGAAAAGCUUCCACUUUGUGGAUUAAUAAAAAUUGUAAACUGA